AUGGCUUUUACUAGCCUGCCUCUUUAUUAUGAUCUCAGGCACCCUCUUCCUUUUCUGCGCCUGGAGACCGUUCCAAGUGCGCAGGGACCUACAGCAAUACUGGUUGUUGCGGAAGACUGCCAUCACUGGUCCACUAUUGAGAAUACAGUUCAUGAGCAAGACAUUACGGACAUUACCAGCUCUAUAGGCUCUUCUCAAGAAACAGUGGAAGCUGCAUCAGUUGAAGAGAGCGCCUGGGACCAGGACGAGGACCUAGAAUCCCCAGAAAACGCAGAAGAUGCAGAGACAAUGAGAGACUUCGAGGCUCGACUUACUGACGCCAUCAAACAGAUGAUGUUUGUCUCCGGCGAGACAGCAGAACCGUCCAUAGAAACAACCACCCUCAUUGAAGACAUAGUGCGUCAGCAGGUCAUCGAAAUGCUUUCUCGCAGUACUGCUCUAGCUACUCGCCGUGGUGUCCGCUCGAUCUCCACCGAUGAUCUCAUCUUCUUGAUCCGUCACGACAAGGCUAAAGUCUCUCGUCUGAAGACCUUCCUUUCCUGGAAGGAUGUGCGCAAGAACGUGAAGGACUCCGAUGACAAAGGAGGUGCCGACGCUGCUGACUUUGCUGGUGCCGAUGAUCCCCUUGCCGGAGCUGGGGUCGCUGGUCCUCAGGAUGUCGCGGCGAAACCCAAAAACAAACGCGCUAAAGUCGGCUUGCCCUGGGAUGUCAAUAGCUUCUAUUCCGUUCAGGUUCCGGAGAGAGAUGAUGAGGAAGAUGAAGAGGAGGAGGAGCAGAACUAUGCUACGCUCCAGCGUCUCGCCACUGCCGAUGAAAGGACUAAGAAUAUGACCAAAGAAGAAUAUGUCUUCUGGUCCGACUGCCGUCAGGCUUCGUUCACUUUCCGCAAGGGAAAGCGCUUCAGGGAGUGGGCUGGCUUCGGUAUUGUCACUGAAUCGAAGCCUAACGACGACAUCGUCGAUAUUCUCGGCUUCCUCACCUUCGAAAUCGUACAGACUUUGACCGAAGAAGCGCUGAAGGUGAAGGAACGCGAGGACCGCGAAAAGAAAGGCCGCGGAGGUGCCGAAAAUGGUGGCGAGAACAAAAAGCGCAAGCGUGAGACUGGCCUGUUUGAUCCGCCAGAGGAAGGACGUACGCCUAUUGAACCGAAACAUAUCCGCGAGGCGUAUCGCAAAUUGCAGGCAACCCCGAACAGAGCCGUUGCGCUGCUGCUUCACAACGGACGUGCGCCAUCACGUACCCCGAUAAGGCUGAUCUAA